GGUUCAGCUGCUUUCCCAUCGUCAUCAUUUUAAUGGAAUGGGUUGGAGAUAGCGCCCUCCCUUGGCAAAACGAGAAUGGACAAUUCUGCCUCUUACUCCUAAAGUCAAGGCCUCUUAUUAAACACCUUCAAACCCUCAUUUUCUAGGGCUUUUCUUGCAUUGCUCUGUAACAAUGCAGACAGCUUGUAUGUUUUCCCUCCUUUUGUUUCCGUUCCAGAUUAGAGAAAGGCAAUUUGAUGGCGGUGAGGAGGGAAGAGCGUGAUCUGGUGAUGGACCAUUCUAAAUCGCACAUCCAGUAGAUUCUUCUAGACAGCCAUGAGUCAGCCACCGACCGGGGGCGCUGCCCCUGCCGCCGCCGCCGCAGCUUCCGCCGCCACCGAGGCUCGCCUGCACCCGGAGGGCAGCAGCAGGAAGCAGCCGCGGGCUCAGUCACCCGCUCGACUGAGGGACAAUACGGGCCGCCAGACCCCAGCAGCUACCCGGUCCCCGGUGGGGGCAGGCACUAAGCUCAAUUCUGCUCGGCAGCAGCAAUUGCAGCAGCAGCAGCAGCAGCAGCAGCAGCAGCAGCAGCAGCAGCAGCUGCAGGGCACCAAGACCGCGGGCCGCGCGGUGCCCGGGGCCGGCGGCCGGGGCGGCGGCGGAGGCGGGGCGGAGAAGGCGGCGCCCGCGGCUCCCAAAGGGGCUGCGCCGGGAGCUGUCCAGCCCGCGGCCGGUGCUGAAGUGGCCCCCGCGGCAGCCCUGGCCCCGGGGGGCGGCCGGAGGCUUGGCCCCACGGAGGAGCCGCCCGGGAACCCAGAUCCCGUGCCCUCUAAGCUCGGGGAACCCCCUCCGCUCGGGGAAGAAAGAGGAGGGGGUGGGGAAGUAGGAGGAGCCGGCGGCGGCGGCUCUGGGGGAAGGGAGGGGGGCGCUCCGCAGCAGCCGCCGCCGCCGCCCAGGGGUUGGCGAGGGAAAGGAGGACGAGCUCCGCAGAGGGGCGGCAGCGGCGGGGAGGGGGCCUCCUCCCCUUCGCCAUCCUCCUCCUCCUCCUCCUCCGCGGCCAAAACCCUAGGCCCAAACCCCGGCAGCAGGAGCUCCGGGAGCGGCCUGGUGGGGGGAAGCCACGGCGGAGGGAGCUACUGGAAGGAAGGAUGCCUGCAGUCUGAGCUCAUCCAGUUCCAUCUCAAGAAGGAGCGGGCGGCGGCCGCGGCGGCCGCGGCUCAGAUGCUCACCAAGAACGGUGGCGGCGGCGGCAGCCCCCGGAGCUCCCCGGUCUCCGGCGCCCCUGCCGUGGGCGAAGCGCCCGCAGCCCCGGCCCCCUUCCCCAUGGCCGCGGCGGCCGAGGGGCCCCCGCAGGGCGCGGAGGGCAGCGCGGGCGGCGGCGGCGGCAUGCAGGCGGCGGCGCCCCCUCCCUCGCAGCCGCACCCGCAGCAGUGCCAGGAGCAGGAAGAAAUGCAGGAGGAGAUGGAGAAGCUUCGAGAGGAAAACGAGACUCUCAAGAACGAGAUCGACGAGCUGAGGACCGAGAUGGACGAGAUGAGGGACAGUUUCUUCGAGGAGGACGCCUGCCAGCUGCAGGAGAUGCGCCACGAGUUGGAGAGAGCCAACAAGAACUGCCGGAUCCUGCAGUACCGCCUCCGCAAGGCCGAGCGCAAGAGGCUCCGCUACGCGCAGACCGGCGAGAUCGACGGGGAGCUGCUGCGCAGCCUGGAGCAGGACCUCAAGGUUGCAAAGGAUGUGUCUGUGAGACUUCACCAUGAAUUGGAAAAUGUGGAAGAAAAGAGAACGACAACAGAAGAUGAAAAUGAGAAACUGAGGCAACAGCUUAUAGAAGUUGAGAUUGCAAAGCAAGCUUUACAGAAUGAACUGGAAAAAAUGAAGGAGCUCUCCUUAAAAAGAAGAGGAAGCAAAGAUUUACCGAAAUCUGAAAAAAAGACUCAACAGACUCCCACAGAGGAGGACAAUGAAGAUUUGAAAUGCCAGCUGCAGUUCGUGAAAGAAGAAGCCGCUCUGAUGAGGAAGAAAAUGGCCAAGAUCGAUAAAGAGAAGGACCGGUUUGAGCACGAGCUGCAGAAGUACAGAUCCUUUUACGGGGACCUGGACAGCCCCCUGCCCAAAGGCGAAGCCGGGGGCCCUCCCAGCACCAGGGAGGCCGAGCUCAAGCUCCGGCUGCGGCUGGUGGAGGAGGAAGCCAACAUCCUGGGCCGGAAGAUCGUGGAGCUGGAGGUGGAGAACCGAGGCCUCAAGGCAGAGCUGGACGACCUGCGGGGCGAAGACUUCAAGGGCUCGGGAGCCAACCCGCUCAUGCGGGAGCAGAGCGAGUCCCUGUCGGAGCUGCGGCAGCACCUGCAGCUGGUGGAGGACGAGACGGAGCUGCUGCGGAGGAACGUGGCCGACCUGGAGGAGCAGAACAAGCGCAUCACGGUCGAGCUCAACAAGUACAAGUUCAAGUCCGGCGGCGGCCACGACAACGCGCGGCACCACGACAGCGCCAAGACCGAGGCGCUGCAGGAGGAGCUGAAGGCGGCGCGCCUGCAGAUCAACGAGCUGAGCGGCAAGGUGAUGCAGCUGCAGUACGAGAACCGCGUGCUCAUGUCCAACAUGCAGCGCUACGACCUGGCCUCGCACCUGGGCAUCCGCGGCAGCCCCCGCGACAGCGACGCCGAGAGCGACGCGGGCAAGAAGGAGGGCAGCGACGACGACUCGCGGCCGCCGCACCGCAAGCGCGAGGGCCCGAUCGGCGGCGAGAGCGACCCGGAGGAGGCGCGCAGCAUCCGCUGCCUCACGCCCACCCGCUCCUUCUACCCCGCGCCGCCGGGGCCCUGGCCCAAGAGCUUCUCCUCCGACCGGCAGCACAUGAAGGACAUCCGCUCCGAGGCCGAGCGCCUGGGCAAGACCAUCGACCGGCUCAUCGCCGACACCAGCACCAUCAUCACCGAGGCGCGCAUCUACGUGGCCAACGGGGACCUGUUCGGCCUGAUGGACGAGGAGGACGACGGCAGCCGCAUCCGCGAGCACGAGCUGCUCUACCGCAUCAACGCGCAGAUGAAGGCCUUCCGCAAGGAGCUGCAGACCUUCAUCGACCGCCUGGAGGUGCCCAAGUCCGCGGAUGACCGCGGCGGAGCCGAGGAACCCAUAUCCGUGAGUCAGAUGUUCCAGCCUAUCAUUUUACUCAUCCUCAUUCUUGUAUUAUUUUCAUCACUUUCUUACACAACAAUAUUUAAACUUGUCUUCCUUUUUACGCUGUUUUUCGUACUGUAAAUAUUUCACCAUUUAUCAUUC